ACAUAUAUAUACUCCUCUCCAGAGCCGCCAUUCUCAUCAUCAUCCAAACAAAACAUUCUAUUUAAUACCCACUCUCAUCCCCACUUUAUCCUUACUACUAUUAACUUAACCAUUAUUUUUUUUUACUAUGGUGAAAACCGUGACAAACGAGUCGGGGUCGGGCAGCAACGAAGCUGCUGCCCGACACGGCAACCAGAGCCGGAUCAGUAAAUCAUCUGCGGACUCUUCCUCGUGUAAGUACACGGGGGUGAGGAAGAGGAAAUGGGGGAAGUUUGUUUCGGAAAUCAGGCUCCCGAAUAGCCGGGAGAGGAUUUGGUUAGGUUCGUAUGACUCGGCUGUGAAGGCAGCGAGGGCAUUCGAUGCUGCCCUCUACUGCCUUCGGGGGCCUGAUUCGAAAUUUAAUUUUCCCGAGAACCCUCCUGAGAUUCCUGGCGGGAGGUCACUCACUCCACCUCAAAUACAAGUGGAGGCCGCCAGGUUUGCUCAUUCGGGUCCUCGGGUUGUGUCUGAUCACGACAGUUCCAGCUCGUCUGACCCGUCAGACGAGCUGCAACACGUGGAUUCCCCGUCUGUUUCGGACGGGGCCACACAGGUGAAUACGGAGGCAGGAGUGGAUAACAUGUUGAUGGAUCAGUUUAAGACCAUGGGUUGGGAGAGUAAUUAUAGUGUUCCGGACUUGGGUUAUUUUCCGAGUUUCGAAGAUUUUCAAGAUGAUUUGUUUAUGAGACCCGUGACCACGGGGCCUGUGGAUAAUGAAGUUGAAGAAUCUUGUGAUCAGUUUGGCUCAUUUCUUUGGAGUUUCUGAACCACCGACUGCAAAAACAUUCCUCAGUCCUGAAUCAUUCCAGAUUUUUUUGUUGCUGGGAUUAUUCACAUAUAUAGAUAUCUUACUCUAUUAUUUAGUACUUGUAAAUCUGGCUGAAUGGACAACUUUUUGUGCUGCCAUUCUCACAUAUAUAUUUUAUUGUCAAGAAUAUGUCUGAGCAACAUUCUAUAUUCUUUAGUAGUAUUCAUUAAUGAAGAUUAUAAGGAUUUAAA